AUUUGAUAUAAUCCACAUGACGUUUAGUCAGAGACGCACGCGGGUGGCUUAUUCGGUCAAAAUGGCGCUAUGUUUACCAAUGUGUUGUCGUUUAAUUAUCCCAAGCUAGCCUCAUGGAGAGUUUCAGUCAUUUAAUUCACCGGGGGACAUAACUUUACUCAACAUUUCAGCGACGAGCACGCUGUCUACAGCAAGAACGACAUACAUUCGAUUUUUAAAUUGCAUUGAAGGAUGCAGACUGAGGCAACAGAUUCGUCCCUGCGAGAGGGCAUUCAGGCUCUUGGUGUAAAGGACACAGAAGAUAAAAAUGAAGCCUGCAAAGAAGAAGAAAGCGCAGCGCAACAGGAUGAGAUGACAGCUGUCGCAGAGGACACAGCAAGCAAGGACGAAAAGGCACAAGAUACAGAUGGGUUUGAGGGUGAUGCACAUGUAGACGCACCUCAACCAGACACAUCACUUGUUGACAAAGAGGUGAUGCAUGAUGCAGAAAAGGAUGGCGAAUGGGAGCUAGCCUACAGCGACGAGGAAAUGGAGGACCCCAAUAACUGGAUGCCCCCUCCCGCCGAGAUCAAGAGACUCUAUGAGCUCCUGGCCAAAGGCGAGAUGCUGGAGCUCAACUUCGUGCCUCUUCCCAGGAGGCCGCCCACGCCCGAACGCACCCCAUCACCCGAGAGGGACGAUGAUGAGGAUGCGGAGCAGGAAAGGGAGAGGAAAGAGAGGGAGCGCAAGCCUCCAACUCCAACAGAGUUUGAUUUUGAUGAGGAGCAAAUGCAAGCCACCCCAAAAAAUUCUUUCAUAAACAGACGCAGAACACCAGGCUCAUCCGCUCGCUCCUCUGUCAAACGAGAGGCAAGACUGGACAAGGUGCUGUCGGACAUGAAGCGCCACCGUAAAAUUGAGCAGCACAUACUGCGCACAGGCCGAGACCUCUUCAAGAGUGAGAAGAAGCUGGAUGAGGCGCUGUCACCCAACCGCCAGAAAGAGCGUGACAAGGAACGAGAGCGAGACAGCAACCCAAACACCAUCUUCUCCCCAAGGCAGAGGAGAUACUGAACUGCAGUGAGAAGGCUCUAUUUCUAAUCUAAACUUGACUUUUUUAAUGUAACAAUCUUUGUAUGUUUUCUAUGUCUGUUUUGUAUUAUGGCAAUAAACAUGCUAACAGAAAAGAUGGC